GCAUAAAAGGCCAGACCCGAUAAAAGAAACCCAUUCAUCUGUCUGCGCUGUACUUGACCAGACACAACACUGUUUCACUCCCUUCACACAAAUCUAGUCUGUUUAAACACGCUUACGUCACGAUGGCUUCUCAGAAACAUGAAUUUCAAGUGGAAAUGACCUGUGAAGGGUGCUCUGGUGCUGUGACAAGAGUACUGAAUAAACUUAAACCUGAUAAAGGAGUGACUGAUUUCCAAAUCGAUAUGGAUGCCCAGAAAGUCUACGUUGAUUCCACCCUCAGUUCUGAUGAACUCUUGCAAACAAUACAGAAAACUGGCAAGACUACUUCUUAUGUUGGUGUUAAAAACUAAAAUAUCAGGUGGAUUACCAAAAGAACAUAUGGAUAUGAUAUAAAUCAUUUCAUACCUGCAUGCCAUACAAUUGAUGCCUAAAAACAAAUCAGCAAAUGUUAGUAUUUAAUCCUAGGUCACAUUUCAAUAAUCCCGUCAUAUUCAAACUAAAUAGAAACUGCUUAUUUUUGUUGAAUUUCCACUUUAGAAUCGCUCUGUGUUUAUCAAGUUGAUAAAAAUAUGUCAUGAUGUAUAUGUUCCCUACAUCUUACUAUGACAUAAAUAUCUUUAUUUAAUUUGUUGAGAGAAUUCAUCAUGUACGAGUAAGUCAGAUAUUCUUUUAUUCCAAUGUACACUGAAAAUGUAUUUUUCAUGAGAAUUCUAGUAUUAUAAAGUGCACUUCAGCUUGCUUUCAAAUAAAUUCUUGUCUUAGUUUUA